CUUGUACCGCCGGAUUGGCCCAAUAUUAGUUUACAAAUUCCUCGGCGCUUAAAAUUUUGGUUUGAAUGUAAAAUCGCUUGGAAAAUCUAUGGAUUAAGGCUGGACAGCUUGCCUCAAACCUAAGUCUCGCGAAUCACAAAUUGAGCUGGAAACGAUCAUGCAGCGCUAUUUGCGCAGCUGGCCACAUCAUAAGCGUCCGGAGACUCCUCCAUUGGAACGCUGAUAGCUCUGAAAACACCAUUCUAGUCUCCACGUUCUAUGACAAGCAGCACUUGGUUACAACACCUUGAGGCCGUAAAAAAUGUCAUACUAUGCUUUUAGCCACUUACAGGUGCAUCGUCCGAGCUUGGUAACAAGACCUUGGAUUGCAGUCCGUUAAAGUGACAGCAUACUGUUAAACAACAAUAACUUUCAGGAGUUGCCGAAUCAACACCUGAUUAACGCACGUCUCAUUUCAUCGAUUGGCUGAAUAUAUUGACGGCGGCCAAUAACGUUCCCUGCAUCAUGUGCUUUAAGAACAGGCAUGUAAAUCAAUUCACAAUACUUUGCGUGCAUCAGUUACGCAUUCGAAGUUACUAAUUCCAACAUAAAAUUUGCUCUGUAUAGAACAAAAAUCAACUGAUUUCUCAUUCAGAAUCGCAAUAUACGUUACUACUCCAGUUAAUCAUCGCCUCCCCAUCAAGACACGAAGAGUCCUUCUACCGUAACUUCGAAGCUCUACCAUGACCCAAGAACAAAUAUAUAGAUGAAUCGUACAAUAUACAUAUGCCCGAGAUAGCGUAGGUGGUUGAGCCAACUUUGGCCUUUCAACUUGCAGUUCUAUGAAAGAUGUUUCAGACAUCGAGUUCAAGAACCAGCCGUCAGGUCACAUCACGUCGUUCAUAAGAAAACGAUUAAGUCCAUUGAGAAAGCACAAAAUUUCGGGAAUAUCCUACGCAUCGACGGUUAAAUAUUGUUAUGAAGAAUUUUCUCUGCUGCUCUCGGCGAAAAUAGUGGUCCUUCAGGCUGUUGUAAGCUCGCGCUGGUACGAUACAACGAACAACGAAAAGCAGAAAGAAAAGUUCCGAAUAUGCCUCCAGCUCAGAGUGGUUGUCAUGCCCAAUUCCUUCGUUCUCGCCAUGGAAAGCCACGGGUUCGAAAAAUCAACAGCCCUUUUGACUUCAGGAGUUGAAUUCCAGCUCGACUCUUUUCUUCUGAGGUACUAAUCAACAUGUGUUAUUCGUUACGCCACCAGCCGAUCCCCUCAAACAAAGUGCAACCACCAUUUAUUGGAGCCUACAAGGCGUCAACCUUGAACAAGGAGGAAAGGCCAGCUAUUCCAAUCUCGCACAGGCAACACGAUAGAUAUAAACUUCGAAAAUCACAAAAUUUGUAUGGCGUUCAGUUAUCUAUUGAAUUUAAUUUUUCUGAUAUCUUAGACAUGCCAACUUUAAUUCAGGGUUUCAAGCACGUCAACGUCUUCGCGAGAAAGGGCGAGCGAAUACUGGUCCUAGGAAAUGAUUCUGCCGGGAAAACUACUCUUCUAUACCGACUUAAGCUGAAUCAACCGGUGCAAACAGUUCCGACUGCUGGCUUCAACGCCGAAACCAUUACAUACAAAAAGGCCAAUUAUACCUUUUGGGAUAUUGGUGGCUGCGACAACACUCAAUCUAUCCAUCACUACAUUUCUAAAGAUGUUAGCUUGCUAUACGUUCACAAUCCGAUUGACGGACGCAUCAACGAAUCGUUGGAUAGAUUUAGGCUGGUUGUAGAAACGAUGGUCGAUGUGUCGGCACGGCGUUUAUUUAUCAUCUUCAACAAGCAGGAUGCGCUACCAAAAGAUUCUGCAAGCAAGAUCUUGGCAGAACACCGCAACAAGUUUGAACGCCAAGUAGCUCCAUAUAUGGAGCAAAUUAAUUGUAUGAUCGUUGAUCUGCCCGGGUUCAGCGCUUUAACUGGCAAUCGAUGCUUCGAAUUGUUUGAUACACUUCAUAAAGCAUUCCAUCAAGCAACGAACAACUCAAAAUCUAUCCAAACGAGAGACCAACCAAAAGAUGUUUCAGAAAGCAUUAGAGUUACAGAUAAUGGUGUUGGUUCAGUGGAAAUUGGUUUCAAAGAACAAAGCACCCAUCUGCAUGCGACCCAGUUCUGCUGGGCAUUUUCGUCAACAAGCCUUGCUGAAAGGAAGCAUCUCUACCGUUUGAGAGUUGGUUACUUCCUACUUCUAGAGACACUGCACUCUGGUCUCAGUAUCUUCGAGUGCGCAAAUAUGUUUCUAGAUGAUUCGCGCGGCCUUAAAGAAACAAGUCCCGACAGAUUUCACGAUACGGAUCACAGAACUAUGACAAUAUUCUGGCUGUGGCAGUUGCUGGGAGCCACAAGAAAAUUUAAGGAUGAUAAACAUUUAGACCGAUGGCCUGACCAAGGAAUGUUUCAGGAAGUCCUCUCAACUUCACCCUACUUGAUGAAUACCGGACUAUGGAAGGAAUACUACACAAAGGACUUGAUGAUGUCGCCUGCGUCGAGGUAUUACUGGCGAUUACCUGAUCUUAGAGCACUGCCUGAUCUAAUGAAUGGGACAAAAGCUCAUAUGGCGCAUGAACGAUAUUCUUGUCAAGAAAAUCAGACGCGUUUGCUGCGAUUCGCCUUUGCUGUCGUCGGCCAAUAUAUGUCCACAGACAUUAGACGUGACUGGUUUAUCAAACAAACCUUAGCAACUCUGCAGACAAUUACGAUCCGAUUGAGAGCACAUAACUCAAGUAUCCCUGCAUAUUCGGAGACGCACGCGUAUUUUUGGAUUCGGAUAGUCCAUGCAGCGCUCGCCUCAAAUGAUACCAGUGCGAAGGAGACCUCGAAGGAAAUUUCUGUCGCACGAAUGAAUUUCUCAAGAUUCAGCACCCUUUUCGAUAUAAAAGAUACACUCUGGGAGAGAUUCUACACACCUAUGCUUUGGGAGGCUAUAGAAGCGCGAAUGACAUUUGUUUCGCCAGAUUUACAGCCUCUACCAGACAUCAUCACAUGUCCAUCGAUGAGUCCCCAUCCAGUAUCGCAGAAAGAGACAGAUGAUGUUUUAAUGGCAGUGUUUGAGCCGGAGGUGCCGCCUGCGGAGGAGCUUGCAGUGAAUUCGAUUGUUCUAAUAGACGAAGUAAGACGCAUGUCCGAUACACAAUUGGCCUCCCCUGCCAUCGUCAGUCACGCCCACUUGCUUCGAUUCCUAUUCAAUCGUUUAGUCGACUUUCAAAAUCAACACAGAUCCCCAAUUGCAACGGCGUCUUCUCUCUUGACGGAAAUGUGCGGCCCGUAUCCAAAAUCGCUUACGAUCAGAGCAUUUUGGGUUCAACAAGCUUUAGACAUUUGCUUACAUCUCAAGCAAAGAUUGACAUUCGAGGAUUUCCUCAGAUCAAAUCCACAUAUGGUACAUCCCGGUCUCCCAGAGUGCUACUUCAGCAAGUCACUGUUAUGUUCACUAGAAUCUAGAGACUACUUAGUUCAACCGGAUCUGCGUAAACUGAAUUGGCUCCUUCAAGACGUAGGUCCAUCUACAGAGGAUGAUUGGGUUUUAAUUUAGCUUCGUACAGAAUUGGGUAUUAAUUAAUUCAUUGCUAGUCUUGAGCGCGUCAGGCCACUCA